AUGGAUACCUCUCAACGCGUUGUUAUUAUCGGCGCUGGCAUCGUCGGCACCAACCUUGCUGACGAGCUCGUCUCGCGAGGAUGGAAAAACAUCACUGUCGUUGAACAAGGACCGCUGAGUCUCCCGGGAGGCUCAACAUCGCACGCUCCUGGCUUAGUUUUCCAAACGAACCCCUCCAAGACGAUGACACUCUUUGCAAAGUACACGGUCGAAAAGCUUCAGUCGCUCUACAAGGAUGGUCAGAAUUGCUUCAACCAAUUGGGAGGCCUGGAGAUCGCGACAAUCCCAGAAAGACUCGAGGAGCUUAAGCGCAAGCACGGAUACGCACAAUCCUGGGGCAUCGAAGCACAUCUGAUAAGCGCGGAGGAGUGUCUCCAGAAGUAUCCUUUGUUGAACAAGGAUAUGGUACUUGGAGGUUUGCACAUUCCCAGUGAUGGCCUAGCGCUCGCAGCCCGUGCCACACAAAUCCUCAUCGAAAGCACACGCAUUGCCGGUGUGAGCUAUCGAGAACACACACUUGUCACUGGCAUCGAACAAGCAGAUGGCCAUGUCACGGGUGUGACGACCAACAACGGCUCUAUUCCGGCAGAUAUCGUUGUAUCUUGUGCCGGGUUCUGGGGCGUUGAGAUCGGCAAAAUGAUUGACUUGAAGGUUCCUUUGCUUCCGCUGGGCCACCAGUACGUGAAGACCACAGCUGUACCUAGCCUGGUUGGAAGGGAGGUGAAUAAGAACAUCAAUGCUAUGAACGCCGAGCUGCCCAUUCUGCGACACCAGGACCAGGACUUGUACUACAGGGAACACGGAGAGCAAUUUGGUAUUGGCUACUAUGGCCAUCGCCCAAUGCCCGUUGAUGCUGGAUCUUUGGGCGUCACACCCAAGGAGGUAGAUGACAAGAACAUGCCAUCCCGUCUCGACUUCACCCCCGAAGACUUUGAGCCCGCUUGGCAAGCCACAAAGGAGUUGCUUCCCGCCUUACGGGAGACAGAGAUUGCUGACGGCUUCAACGGCGUCUUCUCCUUCACACCAGAUGGCGGAUCCGUAGUUGGACAGGCACCAAACCUGGACGGCUUCUAUGUGGCUGAGGCUGUAUGGGUAACGCAUUCAGCUGGUGUUGCGCGAGCUGUUGCUGAAGUGCUGACCGAAGGACGAUCGAGAAUCGAUAUCGCUGAACUUGAACUGACACGAUUCGAAGAGGUUCAGCUCAGCACCGAAUAUGUCAGCGAGACAUCCCAACAGAACUUCGUCGAGAUCUACGACAUCAUCCACCCACUUGCACCGAAGGAGAACCCCCGAAACCUUCGCGUCAGUCCAUUCCAUGCUCGACAGCGAGAACAAGGUGCAUUCUUUCUCGAAGUUGGCGGCUGGGAGCGACCACACUGGUACGAGUCGAAUGCAGACCUAGUCAAGACAUUGCCGCCGGAGUGGCAGCACGUGGAUCGCGACGCCUGGUCAUCGAAAUUUUACUCGCCGAUUGCUGCAGCUGAGGCUUGGAAGACACGGAACGCCGUUGCGAUGUAUGAUAUGACAACCUUCCACAGAUUUGAGGUUGCCGGCCCUGGUGCCGUGCACCUGCUACAACGCCUGGCCACGAGCGAUGUCACUAAGCAAGCAGGCUCCAUCACACAUACACUGCUCCUCAAUAGUCACGGCGGAAUCUUGAGUGAUAUAUUCAUCUCAAGGCUCGACGGCGACCUGUUCCAAGUUGGUGCAAACACCGCAACUGACUUAGCUUAUCUCGCACGCGAAGCUCGCAAACAGACCAAACAUACACCAGGACAAUGGGCACAGGUUCGGGAUAUUACUGGAAGUACUUGUUGCCUUGGUCUGUGGGGUCCAAGGGCUCGUGAUGUGAUCCGCGCCAUCAGCCCCGAAGACUUUUCGAACAAGAGCCUACCCUACAUGGGUGUGAAGAAGACUAGUCUUGCUGGCAUCCCAGUCACCAUGUUCCGAAAGUCUUUCGUCGGCGAACAUGGCUGGGAAAUUCAGACAACACCUGAGUACGGACAACGCCUAUGGGAUCUCUUGUGGCAGUCCGGCAAGCCACAGGGAUUAGUCGCUGCUGGUCGUGCUGCUUUCAACGGUCUCCGCAUAGAGAAGGGAAUCCGAGCGUCAGGGUCGGAUAUGACCUCGGAACACAAUCCAUGGGAGGCGGGCGUGACAUAUGCCAUCCAAAUGGACAAAAAGGCGGACUUUGCUGGGAAAGCCGCGUUGGAGCCCCUGUCGAGGAAGACGUCCGCCCGUCGAUUACGAUGCCUGACGGUCGAUGAUGGCCGCUCCAUGUGUCUUGGCAAGGAGCCUGUGUUCUAUAACGGCAAGGCGGCUGGUUAUGUUACGACCGCAGCAUUUGGAUACACAGUGCGCAAGCCCGUGGCAUACGCUUGGCUACCGGGCAACGUCCGAGAAGGCGAAGCUGUUGAGAUCGAAUACUUCGGAAAGAAGAUCAAGGCGACGGUGACGCCUGACCCUCUGUACGAUCCGCAAGACCGUCGUCUGCGUAGCGAUGGUCCUUCCAGAGAGCCAGAGCUACAGAAGCGCCUGAAGUCAUUAUUGUAA